CAAGGUCACAGUGAAUCGAAAUAGUACAAUGGUUUCUGGAUGAUAACUUACAUUAGGUCAAAGGUCAAGGUCACAGUGACAAAAAAUGUAUUCACACAUUGUUUACAGAUCCACUUUGCCUUGUGUUAUUCAUAUGUGCUGCCUAUGUUUACAGAUCCACUUUGCCUUGUGUUAUACAUAUGUGUUGCUUUGCCUUGUGUUAUACAUAUGUGCUGCCUAUGUUUACAGAUCCACUUAGCCUUGUGUUAUACAUAUGUGUUGCCUAUGUUUGCAGAUCCACUUUGUCUUGUGUUAUACAUAUGUGUUUCCUAUGUUUACAGAUCCCCUUUGCCUUAUGUUAUACAUAUGUGUUGCUUUGCCUUUUGUUAUACAUAUGUGUUGCUUUGCCUUGUGUUAUACAUAUGUGCCGCCUGUGUUUACAGAUCAACUUAGCCUUGUGUUAUACAUAUGUGUUGCCUAUGUUUGCAAAUUCAAUUUGUCUUGUGUUAUACAUGUGUGCCGCCUUUGUUUACAGAUCCAUUUAGCCUUGUGUUAUAUAUAUGUGGUGCCUAUGUUUACAUGGUUUUAUUUUUGAAAUACCGUCACACCAUCCCACCUAAUAAUCCCCCCCCCCAGAAUGUUUGUCUUGAUGAAAUCUGGGUUGGGAUUGUAUUUUGGUCAUCUGGGGUAAAACACUAGGUCACUAGGUUAAAAAAUAGAAAAACCUUGUGUAGACAAUAGAGGUCACAGUUUUCAUCCAAUCUUUAUAAUAUUUGAUCAGAAUGUUUAUCUUGAUGAAAUCUAUGUUAUGAUUGUAUUUGGCUCACCUCGGGUCAAAAACUAGGGUCAAUAGGUCAAAUAUUAGAAAAACCUUGUGUAGACAAUAGAGGUCACAGUUUUCAUCCAAUCUUUAUGAAAUUUGGUCAGAAUGUUUACCUUGAUGAAAACUGGGUUGGGAUCGUAUUUGGUUAGUCAGAUGAGCGAUUCAGGGCCAUCAUGGCCCUCUUGUUUAUGUAUCAAAAUGUGUCUCUCUAAGGCAAAAAUUGUGUCAUUUUGACUUUUAUUUAUUUUUAUGAAGAAAAUGUUCUGGUCAAAUUUGGCAAAUGGAAGAGUAAGCCAUGUUCAUUCUAGAAUUCUUUUUCAGGAAUUGUUUUUGUAGAUUGCAUUAUUUUGAUUUACAUUCGAAAGACACAGUUGCUUAAAACCAGUAAUGCUGCUAUACAAUACUUUAUAUGUACCGGUACUCAGUCGCUGGCAACAGUUGAUCAUUAUGUAGCUGUUAAUUAAAUAUACUUUAUUUGUUAAAAAGUACCAAAUUGACAAUCUUUAAUCGUUACCCAAAAAUGCAAUGUCUCUAUAAAAAGAGUGUUGUUUUGGGAAAACUGCAAUGCAUGAUUCUGUUAGUGCAAACUUGUCUUUCCCCCAGUACUACUAUGAUGCGAGUGAGGCGGAGGCCUGGAUGAGUGAGCAGGAGCUGUAUAUGAUGGGAGAGGAGCGAGCCAAGGAUGAGAUAGGGGCCCAGAACAUGAUGAAGAAACACACGGCCCUGGAGAACGUCGUAGAGGACUACGCAGGGGUCGUAAGGCAGCUGGGAGAGUGCAGUAGGGCCCUCAUCAACCAGGAACACCCGGAGAGUGACCAGAUAGCAGUGCGCCAGUCGCAGGUAGACAAGCUGUAUGCAGGCCUCAAGGACCUGGCGCAGGAGCGGCGCAGCAAGCUGGAGGAGGUGCUCAAACUGUACAUGCUGUGCCACGAGAUAGAGGACCUCUUUCAGUGGAUAGUCGAGGGAGAGGUGGUCGCCUGCAGCCAUGAACUGGGACAGGAUUUCGAACAUGUCACUUUACUGAAGGAAAGGUUCCAGGAGUUUGCACUCGAGACUUAAUCCAUCGGCACCGAGCGUGUGGCGGCUGCCAACCACACUUGUGACAACCUGAUUGCCCUGCACCACUCGGACUCUGCGACCAUCGCGGAAUGGAAGGACC